AUGAAAGUUCAGGUGGAGCGGCGGAACGGGAAGCACGUCUGCGCUCUGGAACUCGACAACAAGGCCACUUUAGAGGAUUUACAGAAGGCCUUCGACGAAAAAUGCCAUUACUACCCGGAACGACAGAGAUGGACCAAAAUUGAUGACCCUCUCUCUGCAGCGGAUGGAGUCGUGUUGAAUGACGGGCCGCUCAGCGGUCAAGGUAUCAGCGAAAAUUCCGUUUUACUUUUCAAAGACCUCGGAGUCCAAAUUAGCUGGCGGUUGGUAUUUGUUAUCGAAUAUGCUGGACCCAUCUUCAUAGUACCUCUCUUCUACUUCGCUGUCUAUCAGUGCCACCUUCACGCUACUCUCACACAACAGUUGGCCUUUUGGUUAUUGAUGAUUCAUUUUGUUAAGAGAGAAUUGGAGACGUUGUUUAUCCACAGAUUCUCUCAUGGAACCAUGCCAAUAAUACGGGUCCCCAUCAACUGUUUGCACUACUGGGUUCUCUGUGGAGUCGCUGUAUCCUAUUACCUCUUCCAUCCCCUUUAUAAAGGGCCUUUCGACUACAAGCUAGGAACCGAGGAGGGCAUAUGGUUCCGCAAGUCGCACACCCCGUCGGGCAGCCCGCUGGCGUAUGUUUUGUUCGCCAUCAUGCUGAUCUUUGAGUACUGUAAUUUUCAGACACAUGUCAUUCUAAGGAACCUAAGACCGCGAAACUCCAAGGAACGUGCCAUACCCUACGGAUGGGGCUUUAACCAGGUAUCUCUGGCCAACUACACAUGGGAGAUCGCGUCCUGGAUCACUUUCGCCGUACUUAUCAAUUGCCUUACUGCUUGGGUGUUCCUCGUCGUAGCUUCUCUGCAAAUGAUGCAGUGGGCACUCAAAAAGCAUAGAAAAUACAGACACGAAUUCAAGGACUAUCCUCGGUACCGCCACCUCCCCCUUAAUUCAAUCUCAUCGCCCCUUAGCCGACACACACUCAUUCCCAUCCCCAGCUGA